GGCGCUCGCGCCACUUCCGGUACACCGCGCCGCCCGUCCGCCGCGCCGCCCGUCCGCGGGGUCGGGUUCCGGGAGGCGAUGUUGUCCGGCGGCGCCGUGCGGCGGGCGCUGAGGGCCGGGGCGGGCGGCAGGUACAGGGCGAUGCGGAGCUGGGGGGUGAUCGGGGGGCUGGCGGCCGCCCUGGCGGCGGGGAUCUACGUGCUGUGGGGGCCCAUCGCCGAGAGGAAGAAGCGGAGGAGAGGCCUGGUGCCUGGCCUGCUGAACCUCGGAAACACCUGCUUCAUGAACUCCCUGCUGCAAGGCCUGUCUUCGUGCCCCUCGUUCAUCAGGUGGCUGGAGGAGUUCACAGCACAGUACAAGGCAGAACAGAACCAACCCAGCGAGCAGCAGUACCUGUCGCUCACUCUGCUGCAUCUCCUAAGAGCUUUAUCCUGUCAAGACGUAACAGAAGAUGAUGUCCUGGAUGCAAGCUGCUUGUUAGAAGUUUUAAGAAUUUACAGGUGGCAGAUCUCGACAUUUGAAGAGCAGGAUGCUCAUGAACUAUUUCAUGUCCUUACCUCUUCACUGGAAGAUGAACGGGAUCGUCAGCCACGUGUCACACAUUUGUUUGACGUGCAUUCACUGGAGCAGCCAGAAAUAACCCAAAAGCAAAUAAGCUGCCGAACAAGAGGGUCCCUUCCUCCUAUGUCAAAUCACUGGAAGUCUCAGCAUCCUUUUCACGGAAGGCUGACUAGCAACAUGGUUUGCAAACACUGUGAACACCAGAGCCCUGUGAGGUACGAUACAUUUGACAGUCUCUCACUGAGUAUUCCAGCAGCUAUGUGGGGUCACCCUAUGACACUGGAUCACUGCCUCCAUCACUUCAUCUCCUCUGAAUCUGUAAAGGAUGUUGUAUGUGACAACUGCACUAAAGUAUGUCAUUUUAAUAUUCAGGCGGAGGGGACUCUGAAUGGACAGAGCAUAGAAAACCAGAAAACAACGUUUGUUAAGCAAUUAAAGCUAGGGAAGCUCCCUCAGUGUUUGUGUAUCCAUCUGCAAAGACUGAGCUGGUCAAACCAAGGGACUCCUCUGAAACGUCACGAACAUGUACAGUUCAAUGAGUUCCUCAUCAUGGACAUCUACAAAUAUCACAUUCCUGUUCAUAAAUCAAGUCAGAACGAUCUGAAUCAGAAGAGCUCCGAAGAGACAAAGCCUGGAACAAAGGAUGGGACAGCAGUAAAACCUUCAGAUGCAGAACAGACAUGUGGUACCAAAUCACUCCUCAUGAAUGGGGCCUGCUCCUCUUCAUUUUUAAUGUCCUCGGGAACUUUUCCACUCACUGCAUUCCCUGAAUGCAGUUCCCCCGUGUACCUUUACCGGCUGAUGGCGGUCGUUGUUCACCAUGGAGACAUGCAUUCCGGACACUUUGUGACUUACCGCCGCUCUCCGCCUUCUUCGAAGAACCCGCUCUCUGUCAGCAAUCAGUGGCUAUGGAUUUCAGACGAUACGGUUCGCAAAGCUAGCCUGCAGGAAGUCCUUUCCUCUAGCGCUUACUUGCUGUUCUAUGAGCGCGUUCACUCAAGGGUACAGCACCAAAGUUUGGAGUUGAGGCCUGAAGAGUGAUUAAGAGAGCUGGAGGAGGACAAAAACUGACAAAAUUCCUCUGUUGAGAUCCACCUUGCACCUCCUGUCUGUUAUGCAAAUAAUCCACCACAGGCCCUUUAACUUUCCCCUCCCUCUAUGGCAACGGCUGGCUCUUGCUGGGAGUAGUUUUGUACCAAAAUUACGCUACCCAAAGUUGGUCUGCUAAUGUUGUGCAGUCCAAAGUGUAUUUGCAUUAGAGCAGCACUUAUUCCGUUCAGUAGUAAUUCUGUCAAUAUCUUGGCUCUGAGACAGACAUCUCCAACAGACUUUCCGAGGCUCUAUUCCGUAUUCUGACAUGUGUACAUUUUCAAGGGGAGAUGCUGAACCCUGUACACUUCACUGCAGGCAUUUCUGAACAAGGGAGCUCCAGAAGUGGUGGUGGGGAAGCUACUGUUAUCAAAGGCAAUGAUUUAAGAAACAAAGUGCCUUGAGCUUAUUUGAAUGGAUACCGUUGUCUGAGUCCACUGCAUGCCAGCUGUGUUCUGACAGGUGUCCCAAGAUGAUGGGCUGAACUAAGAAUGCAGAUUUCUCCUGAUAUCCCAGCCAGUGAAUAUAACGAGGCCUCCUUACAUAACAUGCACGAUCCAAGAGAUUUAUUUCCCUCUUCACUGUUUUCCUAAUAUUUCAGUUCUUUAUAUAGCAUAGAGGUACUGAUUCAAACAGCAGUUUCCUUUUUCCAGGAGAGAAGAUCAAAUUCUUUUACCUAUAAGAGCUGACACCCCCACUUGUUGCUCUGUAUCUUUGCACUACAGGUGAAAUGAAGAGACAGAAGUGUUUGCUAGCUGUCAAUAUUGUAAUUUUCUUGGUCUAAUGCUUGUAGUAUGGACUACAAAUUUUAAUACCGUUCCCUUCAAGGCUACUGUAAUUGGUGUUCUAGAUGUGCCCUUCCUAUUUUAAUGCUAAAAACUGUCAUUUGUCAUCAGCCUUCCAGAUAUAUGGUGUCAGGCUUGCAGCUGAGCAUUAGAGCUUAUACUGGUUGUGAUUGUGAGCUGAGAUAAACAGCAACCCAAGCAUCCUUGUAAAAUUAGAGCAUACACUACUGAAGCUGGACUGGUGGGUACUUGUCUGGUAAGGCAGUCUGGAAAUUCUGGUGUCACUGCAUUACGUAUGCAGAUCUCCAUAUAAAAAGAAAUUGUACUUUGCUGCUCUAGAUUGUUUGAUGUGUUUAAAAAAAAAAAUCACAAAGCACGGGUGGAGAAGGAAAAAUUAAUUUUGACUGCUUUUAAAUUAUCAGGAAUAAAGUAUGUAGACUGUUUUUAGCUCUUUUCUAUCCUUGUAGCUUGGAGGAAAAAGACUAAUUCCUCAGACUAGAUUUUUCAGUGUAAAACAGCAACUAAGUUGUCAAAUGAUAACUGUCUUCAUAGCUUUUUUUUUUUUUUAGGGCAACUUUGUACCUCAUGUAUUCAUAUCACUGGCUCAAAACCAGCUGAAAUAGUAAUAAUGGAUGUGCAUGAGAAUCUGUUCACUACACUCACAUUGUUUCAAAGUCAUAAUACAUAAAACACUCUUUAUAAAUCUACAAAGAUACCAGUUAGUGAGAAGCCUCCCUGUCUAGGCUAGGCUAGCGGUAGCAUGGUUUUAACUUUUAUAUUUUUAAGUGAGGGGAAAACAACAAGAGGAAAAAAAACAAAACACCAGAAGGUUGCAAAAUGCCAAAAACGUCCUGGCCAUUGAAGUAAAAUCAAACAGACUUGCAGAAGUGAAGAGGAGAGGAACUCCCUCCUGUUCUGGGCAGCACGGGAGUGCAGCAGGAGCUCUGUAAAGCAUCUCGUUCCAGCAGUGCUACAUUUUGCCCCUCAAAGCUUCCAAACAUUCCCAGUGCCCAGAGUGUAUAUUCUGCAAUGCUUGUUCUCAGCAGGGUCUGUCUCUCUAGUUGUUUGCUGCACUCUCUAGUGUUGUGAAGCUCAUCUGAACAGGUCGUUUUGUUUGGGAAGCGGUAAUGCUGGAGGUGAGUCAGAACAUACGCACACAAGGGACUAACAGUCUUAAACUCGUCAGCUUCUAACAGUGACAAAGCCCCAGAGCACUGCAAACUUGCAUGUUCAGCAUUUUGCAUAGAGCUGCUUUCUGUCGGGUCAGUUUUAGCAGAAUGGAAGCAUAAUUGUUGCGUGAAGCUGAUAACCUGCUCACUUUCACUCAGCUGCGGGCUCACUCCGAAACCUCCCUCAAAGGCUAGAGAGGUGGGGGUUGAACACUCACCAUUUGUGCUAGCUUUUACUGCUGGGAAGGAGCAGGCAGCCUUGGCUUAGCCCUCAGCGUGAGGAAGGAAGCAAGUGACAGAACCUCAGGCCCAGUCCUGUGCUGUGCUAGAAGCUCAGCCUACUGUGAGCUCAAAGGCCUCUGCAGAUGUUUGCCAUCUUCACCUUCUGAAGUCACUGGGCUUCAUCCAACAUUGUUACUUGUCACUCACAAGCUUUCAUGAUGGUAAAGGUGUAAUAAAAUGCAGGAGGUUACAAAACAUCAGACAAGACCUCUAGGAUGAUGUCUCUGUGUUUGGAUUAUUCUUGUUUUAUUUUGUGUAUUAUUUAAAAAAAAAAGUGAUAUUAGAGUCAUAGCACCACACUGCUGUUUGAAGUUGCAUUUUCACUUCAGGGUAUUUUUGUAACUGUACAGUAGCAAUAAAAGAACAAACUUAAUAGAAAAAGUAA